AGGGAGACCUCAUUACGCAGGCGCUCUGGGCUUCUAAUUUUUUUUUUUUUUUAAUCCCCGCACCAAGCGCUUAACCUCAUUGGGGUGGAGAAGGCGGCGGCCGUGUGGUCCGCAGCGGCAACAGGCGCGGAUGAUACGGCCCCCGCCAGUCUCCUCUGUUCAUGGAAUUCUCCAGGCAAGAAUAGUGGAGUAGAUUGCUGUGCCCUCCUCCACGGGAUCUUCCUGACCCAGGGAUCGAACCUGCAUCUCCUGAAUGAAUGGACCGCUGAGCUAUGAAGUGUUUCAGACCCAGGAGGAGAGCGCCACUCUGCCACUCACUCCUUUCUCCCCUACUAGUUAUUUAAAUUGGACUUUUAAUAUCCUCCCAGCUGCUCUUCAGCCACACAUGGUGCAUUGCUGCCAUUCCCCGGAUUGCAUCUUUGACACACAGGCUCUUAGUAACCUUCAGCAAACAAAGAGGCCGCCUCCGGGGGCCGCUUACGGGGAGGGCGUCACCCCCACCGCCCUCUAGCUUCGGUGGCUCUGGAUUGGAAUUCCACCAUGGAGCCUCGCAUGGAGGCCUGCCUGGCACAGGUGCUGCAGAAGGAUGUGGGGAAACGACUGCAGGUUGGCCAAGAGCUGAUAGACUAUUUCUCAGACAAACAGAAGUCUGCCGACCUCGAGCAUGACCAGACCAUGUUAGACAAACUUGUGGAUGGACUCGCUACCUCUUGGGUGAACUCUAGCAAUUAUAAGGUGGUUCUCCUGGGCAUGGACAUCCUGUCCGCGUUGGUCACCCGGCUGCAGGAUCGGUUCAAGGCGCAGAUCGGUACAGUGCUGCCGAGUUUAAUAGACAGACUGGGAGAUGCUAAAGACUCUGUGAGGGAGCAAGACCAGGCCCUGCUGCUGAAGAUCAUGGAUCAGGCUGCUAAUCCCCAGUACGUGUGGGACCGGAUGCUGGGCGGCUUCAAGCACAAGAACUUCCGCACCCGGGAAGGCACGUGUCUCUGCCUCGUGGCCACCCUCAAUGCCUCUGGAGCACAUACGUUAACACUAAGCAAGAUCGUGCCACAUAUAUGUAACCUACUAGGAGAUCCCAACAGCCAGGUUCGAGAUGCAGCAAUAAACAGCUUAGUGGAAAUUUACAGACAUGUAGGAGAACGUGUGAGGGCAGAUCUCAGUAAAAAAGGAUUGCCACAGUCCCGGUUGAAUGUAAUUUUUACAAAAUUUGAUGAAGUCCAAAAAUCUGGAAACAUGAUACAAUCUGCGAAUGAUAAAAAUUUUGAUGAUGAAGAUUCUGUGGAUGGUAAUAGACCUUCUUCGGCCAGCUCUACGUCGUCCAAAGCUCCAGCAAGCUCACGGAGAAACGUUGGAAUGGGGACCACCCGGAGGCUCGGCUCCUCCUCUCUGGGAUCCAAGUCUUCAGCUGCAAAAGAAGGAGCUGGUGCUGUUGAUGAAGAGGAUUUUAUUAAAGCAUUUGACGAUGUGCCUGUAGUCCAGAUUUAUUCCAGCCGAGACCUUGAGGAGUCCAUAAACAAGAUUAGGGAAAUACUAUCUGAUGACAAGCAUGAUUGGGAGCAGAGAGUAAAUGCUCUAAAAAAGAUUAGAUCUUUACUCUUGGCUGGUGCUGCCGAGUAUGAUAACUUCUUCCAGCACUUACGGCUUUUGGACGGAGCCUUUAAACUGUCGGCUAAGGACCUACGGUCUCAGGUUGUGCGGGAGGCUUGUAUCACGCUGGGGCACCUGUCGUCAGUACUGGGGAAUAAGUUUGACCACGGCGCUGAAGCCAUCAUGCCAACCAUCUUUAAUUUAAUCCCAAACAGUGCCAAAAUCAUGGCCACCUCGGGGGUUGUAGCUGUCAGGCUAAUCAUUCGGCACACGCACAUCCCGAGGCUAAUCCCCGUCAUAACAAGCAACUGCACCUCCAAGUCUGUUGCAGUUAGAAGGCGCUGCUUUGAAUUUUUAGAUCUACUUCUACAAGAAUGGCAGACACAUUCAUUGGAACGACACAUAUCAGUAUUAGCUGAAACGAUAAAGAAGGGAAUACAUGAUGCUGAUUCAGAAGCAAGGAUAGAAGCCAGAAAGUGUUACUGGGGUUUCCACAGUCACUUCAGCAGGGAGGCAGAGCACCUGUACCACACGCUGGAGUCCUCCUACCAGAAGGCCCUGCAGACCCACCUCAAGAGCUCGGACAGCGUGGUGUCGCUGCCGCAGUCGGACCGCUCGUCCUCCAGCUCCCAGGAGAGCCUCAAUCGGCCACUCUCUGCCAAAAGAAGUCCUACUGGCAGCACCACCUCCAGAGCUUCCACGGUCAGCACCAAGUCCGCAUCCACCGCGGGGUCCCUGCAGCGGUCUCGAAGCGACAUCGACGUGAACGCAGCCGCCAGCGCCAAAUCCAAGAUCUCCUCGGCUGCCGGCACAGCGCCCUUCAGCUCGGCCGCGGCCUUACCUCCCGGCUCGUAUGCGUCCUUAGGCCGGAUCCGCACGCGACGGCAGAGCUCCGGGAGCGCCACCAACGUCGCCUCUACACCUGACAGUCGGGGCCGCAGUCGCGCCAAAGUGGUCUCGCAGUCCCAGCGAUCCAGAUCUGCUAAUCCUGCUGGUGCUGGCAGCCGAUCCAGUUCCCCAGGGAAAUUGUUGGGAAGUGGUUAUAGUGGCCUUGCUGGGGGUUCCUCAAGAGGCCCACCUGUGACGCCCUCUUCAGAAAAACGAAGCAAGAUUCCCAGGAGUCAGGGGUGUAGUCGAGAAACAAGUCCAAGCCGCAUAGGAUUAGACCGCUUUGGGCUCGGCCAGGCAGGAAGAAUUCCUGGUUCUGUGAACGCCAUGCGGGUUCUGAGCACCAGUACAGAUCUGGAAGCUGCUGUUGCUGAUGCUUUGCUGUUAGGAGACUCCAGGAGCAAGAAGAAGCCUGUGAGGAGGAGAUACGAGCCCUACGGGAUGUACUCUGAUGACGACGCCAACAGUGACGCCUCCAGCGUGUGCUCCGAGCGCUCCUACGGCUCCCGGAACGGGGGUAUCCCCCACUACCUGCGCCAGACUGAGGACGUGGCCGAGGUGCUCAACCACUGUGCCAGCUCCAACUGGUCUGAGAGGAAGGAAGGGCUUCUGGGUCUGCAGAACCUGCUCAAGAGCCAGAGGACGCUGAGUCGAGUAGAAUUGAAACGAUUGUGUGAGAUUUUCACCCGAAUGUUUGCUGACCCUCACAGCAAGGUUUUCAGUAUGUUUUUGGAGACUCUUGUGGAUUUUAUAAUAAUUCAUAAGGAUGACUUGCAAGACUGGCUUUUUGUUCUUCUCACACAAUUACUGAAGAAAAUGGGAGCGGAUUUACUUGGAUCUGUGCAAGCAAAAGUUCAGAAGGCUCUUGAUGUCACAAGGGACUCCUUUCCAUUUGAUCAACAAUUUAACAUUUUGAUGCGAUUUAUUGUGGAUCAGACUCAAACUCCUAACCUCAAGGUCAAAGUUGCAAUCCUGAAGUACAUUGAGUCUCUCGCCAGGCAGAUGGACCCAACAGAUUUCGUAAACUCUAGUGAGACAAGGCUUGCUGUUUCUAGAAUUAUAACCUGGACAACAGAACCAAAGAGUUCAGACGUGAGAAAGGCAGCACAAAUUGUGCUCAUCUCUCUGUUUGAAUUGAACACUCCUGAAUUUACCAUGUUACUUGGUGCCUUGCCAAAAACAUUCCAGGAUGGUGCCACCAAACUCCUGCAUAACCACCUCAAGAAUUCCAGUAACACCAGUGUGGGCUCUCCAAGCAACACCAUUGGCCGGACUCCCUCCCGACACCCCAGCAGCCGGACCAGCCCCCUGACCUCACCCACCAACUGCUCCCAUGGCGGCCUGUCUCCAAGCAUGCUGGACUAUGAUACAGAAAAUCUGAACUCUGAAGAAAUCUAUAGUUCUUUGCGUGGAGUGACAGAAGCCAUUGAGAAGUUUAGUUUUCGAAGCCAAGAGGAUCUGAAUGAGCCCAUUAAAAGAGAUGGCAGAAAGGACUGCGAUAUUGUGUCCCGUGAUGGUGGCAUCGCCUCCCCCGCCACGGAGGGCCGGGGCGGCAGCGAGGUGGUGGAAGGAGGCCGGACGGCUCUGGACAACAAGACCUCCCUCCUCAACACGCAGCCCCCUCGCGCCUUCCCGGGGCCGCGGGCGCGGGACUACAGCCCCUACCCCUACUCGGACACCAUCAGCGCCUACGACAAGACCGCCCUGAAGGAGGCCGUGUUCGACGACGACAUGGAGCAGCUGCGAGAUGUGCCCAUUGACCACUCCGACCUGGUGGCAGACCUCCUGAAGGAGCUGUCCAACCACAAUGAGCGCGUGGAGGAGCGGAAGGGUGCGCUGCUGGAGCUGCUCAAGAUCACGCGCGAGGACAGCCUGGGCGUCUGGGAGGAGCACUUCAAGACCAUCCUGCUGCUGCUGCUCGAAACCCUCGGGGACAAGGAUCAUUCCAUCCGAGCACUGGCUCUCAGAGUGUUGCGGGAAAUCCUGAGAAACCAGCCAGCGAGGUUUAAAAACUACGCGGAGCUGACGAUCAUGAAGACCCUGGAGGCCCACAAAGACUCCCACAAGGAGGUGGUGAGGGCUGCCGAAGAGGCCGCAUCCACGCUGGCCAGUUCCAUCCACCCAGAGCAGUGCAUCAAAGUGCUGUGCCCCAUCGUCCAGACAGCCGACUACCCCAUCAACCUGGCCGCCAUCAAGAUGCAGACCAAAGUCGUCGAGAGGAUCGCCAAGGAGUCCUUGCUGCAGCUCCUCGCAGACAUCAUCCCAGGCCUGCUGCAGGGCUACGACAACACGGAAAGCAGCGUGCGCAAGGCCAGCGUGUUCUGCCUGGUGGCGAUCUACUCUGUGAUCGGGGAGGAGCUGAAACCUCACCUGGCGCAGCUCACGGGGAGCAAGAUGAAGCUGCUCAACUUAUACAUAAAGAGGGCGCAGGCCACCAACAGCAACAGCAGCAGCUCCUCCGACGCCUCGGCCCACAGCUGAUGCAACGCCAGAGUCCCUGCAGCCCUGGGGGCGGUCGGCGGCGCCUCGGGGGCCUCCCCGCCAUCCCCCACCCCCCGUCGGCGGCCCAGUCGGGACCAGGAGGCCCGCAAAUAUUUAUUACAGUCAGUAUUUUGGUCCCUUCCAGCUUUUGCGUAGAGUCAUACUGGUACUGAAUGUAAGGGAAGCAAGGCCUGUGUUCCAUCUCCCUACAGAGCAAAACAAAAGGGGUGAGAGAAGAGCCGUCCUCAGGCCGCCUGUCCAGCCGCUGAGGUGGUGAACCCGCGCGUGGGGCGCAGUUCUUAAAAGUCAGAGCUCGCUAGCCCAUACAUGGUAGAAAGUAGCGUUUUCUCUUCAGUUAAUAACAGGUUUGAGGAGGUUGUAUUGAGUUGUGUUUCUCUUUCAUCCUGGCUCCCUUCCCUCUGGAUCUGGCCUGUGUGGGGCAGAGCCCACGCCCUUCACAACUGAUACCACGAAAGGGUUUUAUAUGUUUUAGGUUGCAUUUUGAGACUACUAAGAAUAUGAAUCAAGUCUUGGCAAGAAAUGGGAAAGAAGCCUGAAGAUGGCCUUGUAAAGAACAUGUGAUAUUUUGCUUACACUCUGCAGCCUGGGGGCUGGCACCCUUUACUGCCUCCUUCCAGGAUGGGCUCCCGGCUCCUCCAAACAGCCCCGCUGACGCCACCCCUGCCCCAGAGCUGCUGGGGCAGAGAUCUGUGAUGACAGUUGAGAUCCAGGCACAGAAAUCAAGGUAAAUCGAUAGCCUCAGUUAGCGUGUGCUUGAAGUGGGCCUUCACGCAGCAUUGAAAACACAAGAGGAGCUGCUGGUUUCGCUGCUGAGAUCUGGGAAAUGCUGUGGAACACACCGCCCCUGGAGGCUCAAGUCUAGUCUGGCCUCCUUUCCGCAAGCUGCGCCCAGGCUGCUUGAUUCCAGUGUUCUGUCCUUCUGACAGUUGGCAACUCUGCCAUCUCCGUUUUUACUUCUUUGUUUAAUUUGGGAUUGAGAUCAAAGAAAAACCUAGAGAGACCAGGUUAUCAGGAUCAUUUUUUAAAAUUUUGUGAAGUACUUCCUCGAUCAUCUGUUGAAAUAAUCAUGGUUUAAGGAAAAAGUAAUUAUGAUGUGCAGCAAAUUGCAGAAAAACAGGAUUUGAACCAGUUUAGAGUCUAUUUUUCCUUCAGUGAGAAACUUACCCCUUAAAAUGUUUUCUUGAGAGUUUCAUUGCUUCAGUAAAAGUAACUACAGAUCUCAAGUCUGUGUAACUAAGUUUUGAGUAAAAUUCUUCAAACCAAGUGGAAAUUCUUUUUGCAAUCAUGGAAACAUUUUAGACUCUCUAAACUGAACUGGUUUUUCCAUAUUUCCUUAUGGAAAUUUGUUCUGUUCUUUUCCCCAUGCCUGUUCUGAUGUUAAUUUUUAAUGAGGUGUUUGCUGGUCAGGUGCAGAAUCUCGGCAACUGCCAGGUUGUAUGGGUCCCACCUCUGAGCUCCGCAGACCCUCUAGCCUUGACGUUGGAAGUCCUGAAAGACACUGUAGCAGAACGCAACUUGUUUUCAUUCAGAAUUUAUUUUAGAUACUUUAUUUGGAAAUAGGCACUGAAAAUGGAGGUCCAGGAGCAGUGAGGCUGGGGUGCCUUCGCUGCGUGUGUGUGUGGGUGUGUGUGUGUGGGUGUGUGUAGGGGGUAUCCUGCACGUGUAGGAGGUGCCCUGCUGCUGCUGUUGAGAGAACUUCAGGGGUGUGUUUUAAGUGAUCAAACAUAGUUGACUCUUUUGGCUCAAAACAUAGCAGGACCAGGCCUUACUUUCAUUGAUAAAUACCGUUUGUUCAUAUGUCGCUUUCGGGGUCUCUUUCUUACCCCCUACAAACAAGUCCAAGUGUCUGAUGACUCUUCUGGGGCAGAAACUGUCUUUUUUUCCUGCCUAGUGUGUGUAGAAAGGCCUUUCUCCCUCAGCUCGUGGACACCCAGGUUGCUGUGGCCCCCUGCCCGGAGUCGGGAAGGACCUUGAGCAUGGCCGCGUGUCCUCCUGGCGCUCACAAAGGGCUCGCCUUGAAUGUCACUUGCCCAACCUCGGUCUCCCAGCCCAGAGGGAGCCGCCGUGCCCAGGUCUCUGGGCCUCCUGGGAGGAGGCUCGCAUGCAGCCACACAGCCUCAGGGGGCCACCCCCUCAACCGACAGCUGCAACUGCCCUGCCUGGCCGCCGCCUCCCUGCAGGCCUCCUGUCUGGAUGAAACAGCAGAACGCAAGCGAGCAAAGCGCCCAAAACUCCGUCUGCCUCCCCCGUUCGCCCGACUGUCCGGGGCCUCGAGAAGCCCGCCGAUGCCACCACUGGGCCGGGGCGCCGGGCUCCUGCUUCCCCCCGCGCUGUGGCCGGGGGAGGCUCACGCCUUCCUGGGGCGCCGUAGCCACAGGCGCCUGCCGUAGCCCCACUAGCUUCUCAGCCAUGCAGGCGACGCAGCUGCACCUGAUUUGUCUCCUCAACCUUUUUCUUUCCCCGCCGCCCUUUAUUUAUCAAGCAUAAUAUUACACAGUAAAGAAGAGCAAAUAAGAACUUUGUAGAACCUCACCAAGACUUUGCUAACGAUGAUAUUUGAAAAUGAGAACAACGCUCUGAAAAACAUCCACCACCAAAAUAGUUUUGUUGGCACUGUUCACACGCAUGGUCCCCCACAUCCCCAGGUUGGGUUUUUGUUUGUUGGUUUUGGUUUUUUUGGGGGCUUUUUCAUGUUACAUCCAUAUCUGUAUUUAUAUCUUAUUUGUUUCACUUUCAAGUGUAUCAUGGCAAAUGUACAGAUUUUCUUUUUUUGUUAAUAAUGUGCUAGGAUUUGCUAAAAAAGGAAACACAAAAACCCUUUUGAGUUUGCCCUAGAAUAAAUGAGACUUAAUUCAA